UGUCUGUUAAAUCAGACGAUGGAUAACUGUUCAUGUGUCAUGCCAUCGAAUCUUUAUCCACACAAUUUCAAGUUUUGCGAUAAAGAAGCUGAGAAAUGCACGGACAAAAUCAACUAUACCCACUGCUUCGUCAAAUGUAGCGCAGCUUGUCAUGAUCGAAAUUUUGCCUACACUGUAAAAGAAGAAGACGUUAUGCCGGAAAACUGGAGUGAUGGUUCUGAAUAUAAAGAUACACCGCCCUUAAUGGAUUCAAUGGAAGGCUACUCUGUGAAAAGAAAUUGGAACAAAACUGCGAUGCUUCUGAUCCUCUUCAAAAGAACUCAGGUGAACGUUUACAGAUACAGAGCUAAAUAUGAGAGCAUCGAAUUAUUCAGUUUGCUUGGCGGCUUCGUUGGCAUCUGGUUGGGAGUGUCUCUGAUCGCGCUGCUGGACUUCCUCGAGUCGCUGGCCACCUUUAUAGUCUAUUUGAUUGAAAGAAUCAAGAAGAGCCCCAGGAUUGCCAGCAUCAGAUCCGCUAUGGGAUCCCGAAGUCAAAGUCGUUCGAAUUCCAUGCAGUCGGAAACAUCCAUCCCCUGGGCAAGAAGCGAUAGCAACAAUCAUCUGAGGGUGGAUCUACGUCGUGGUUCUAAUGGCCAUUACUAAAGAAAAUUUGUAGUCUGUACCUAUUUGUACAACUAAGUCAGAUGAAUGCAUCUAGUCACAAACUCCUUCAUUUUGGUACAACUAGAUCAGAUGAAUGCAUCUAGUCACAAACUCCUUCAUUUUGGUAUAACUAGAUCAGAUGAAUGCAUCUAGUCACAAACUCCUUCAUUUUGGUACAACUAGAUCAGAUGAAUGCAUCUAGUCACAAACUCCUUCAUUUUGGUAUAACUAGAUCAGAUGAAUGCAUCUAGUCAUAUACUUCUUCAUUCAAUAUUCAAGGUCGUUACUGUGUGAAUUCUUUAUCAAUCCGUUGUUAAUAUUACGACUCCAACUGGUAGAACCGUUAGAAGAGGGAACAAGAGAAUAUAAAGUUUUCAGAAGCAGAUAAACGCCAUUAAUUAUAUUUUGAGAGCUAUUUUGGUAAUCUUUUGAGGACAGUCACCAGAAUACGUUCUUCAAUAUUAUGUAUUUCUUGAAAACUUCACCAAGGCAAUCAAUAUCCGUUUGAAUCCUUUAACUAUUUAUUGUUAUUACUAUUACGAUUCCAAAUGGUACAUCUGUAAAAAAAGAAUACAAAGUUUUCAGAAGACGAUAAACAGCAUCAAUUAUACUUUAAGGACUAUUUCAGUAAUCUUUUGAGAACAGUUCUCAGAAUACGUUCUUUAAUAUUAUGUAUUUCUUGAAAAUUUCACCGAAGCAAUAUCCGUUUGAAUUCUUUAUCUAUCCGUUGUUAUUACUGUUAUGAUAUUAACUGAUACAACCGUGAAAAAGGAAAACAAGAGAAUAUAAAGUUAUCAAAUAAAAAAAAAUCCUUGAUUAUAUUUUAGAAGAUAUUUCAAUAAUCUUAGUACAACAAUAUGAUAUCAAAUUAUUUGUUUAUAGUCAUGCAUUUUUUUUAAAAACUCCAUUUGUUAUUUCCUUCCGCAGUAGGACUAGAAAGUACAACACAUAACUAGAUUUACUCUUUCACACCAUAUUGCAUUAGUAAAUUGAUGUAGCAAACACAUAGAGAGCUCACACUUUUAGAUUUUGUAUUAGUUGUUGUGUGUCUUAUUCUAGAUUGCAAAAAAGUAUUCAAUCAGUAUUUUAUUGCAAAAAAAGUAUUCAAUUAGUAUUUUAUUGCAAAAAAGGAAUUCCUUUAUCUUUAGAUAGCAGAAAAAAAUUCAUGAUCAAAACUUAGGAAAAUGUUGUAUACUUAUUUUCGCAAUAAAUGUUGCGUGUCUUAUUCACAUAGAUUUUAGAAGACAGCUGUGUCCAUUGUCAUAAAUUAUUUUCGAAAAAUGUUGUUUACGAAAUAAAUUUUCGAUUUCAGUUUCUCAUUGAACACAGCUUUUUUCAAACACACUGAAAGCUGUUCAUUCGAGCGUUUUCAAUUCGAAUUUUUUUACAAAGCCUCUAAAUUUUCUAUUAAAAUAACCUCAAUAACCGAAUUCAUUUUGAUUAAGUAGAAAUAAAAUUAAAACAUUUUGAUUUCAGAUUUGUUUUUUUAGUUAAAUGCUGCCAUAAAUUGUAUCUGAAAUGACCAUAUGUAAUUUUCUGAGUUCCUUAAUUAUUUAUGUAACAGCUUCUGUUGUACAAUGGCUUCCAUA